AUGCCAUGCGACCGUCGGCGGCUCGCGACCUACGCCUCGGCAGCCCUCGUCAGCACGGCUGCCCUAUUCUGGCUCCAGCCUGCCCAGGUGGUGCCACCGACGACGGAGCAAUUGCGCAAGGAGCCACUCGUCACGUCGGUCUUCGCGCACACCUGCUCGGAAACGUGCCGGGCGCUGGGCGGCGACAUACGGUGCCGCGCCAAGUGCAAGCGAGCGAAGCGCGACGCGGCGCGCCAGGCGCGGCAGCGCGUCGCGCUCGGGCUGCCCGGCGGCGCGCCCGAGCUCCCGAGCUCCCGGGCCGCCCGGCACGCGAACGCGACGGCGGUCUGUCGCGCCGGCGGCCUGCUCCGCGUGCGCGCCUGGGCGGGGCGCCUCGGCAACGCGCUGCUCCAGGUGGCCAACUGCCUGUCGUUGGCCGUCGCCGUCGACGCCGGCGCUGGAUGCGCGUGCGCGCUGCCGGGCGGCGGGCCCGACGCGGUGCUGAACGUGUCGCGCCUCGGCCGCCUCGCGGCGCCGCGGCACCACCACCGAGCCCGGGGCGCGCGGCCGGUCUUCGAGGACAGCUUCUGGGACGUGUCUCGCAUGCGCGAUGACGCGGACGCGCGCGCCAAAGUGCUGAAGAUGCUCCGCUCCGCGUCGGCCGUGACGCCGGCGGCGCACGACUACGACGUCCACGUCCACGUCCGGAGCGGCGACAUCUUCGCCGUCCACGACCAGACGCACUACGCGCCGCCGCCCGUGUCGUACUACGCGGACGCGAUCGACGCGCACCCCGACUGGCGCCGCCUGCGGAUCCUCGCCGAGGACGACCGCAACCCCGUCGUCGGCGCGCUCCUCCGGCGCUACGCCGGCCGCGCGGACUGGGACAAGCAGUCGCUGAGCGCGGACGUGGCGGCCGUAAUCGGGGCGCGGAGAAUCGUCUACGGCCAGGGCACGUUCGUGCCGGCGCUCCUCAUGCUCAAUCCGCGCCUGGAGCACUACGUCCGCAUCGACUACGCUGCGACCGACCCGCACUUAGACUACACGCCCGCCGUCGACGUCUGGCCGCGUUCCCAAGACUACUUCCGGGCCGUGUUCCCGUGGCGUGCGACGCGGAAGCAGCGACGACUGCUGGCCGUCUGGCCCGAGUGCGGCAAGCGCGCCCACGACUGCGAGGCCGGCGCGCCCGGCGCCGUAUCGGUACGGUGCCGGCGAGCCGGUGGCGGGAAGCUGAGCGGAAAGGCGUGUUGGAAACGUGUUCGUCAUAAGUCUUAGGAGUCUUUAGUCGUA